AUGCAAAGGGGGCCGGGGCCCGAAGGAGCCCUGGCGCCGGGGCACGGUGCGGGCGCUGCAGGGAGCGGAUCCGACGCAGGCUCGCCCGACGACGGCACCGAUAGCCAGUCCUGGGCUCUCCUGGGCGGCUCGACGGGCUCUGGCGGUGAUGGCCUCCAGGCGAUAAGCGCAAUCUUCCAACUGCCUCUGAGCGGACAGAAUUACGAAUCGUCGUUCCUCAGCGUGCCGUGCUAUGCGGACCUCGUCCGGGCGGUGACCGAGCACGUCUCCCCGCGCACCACUGACUUCGGCAUCUGGCUAGACGAGGUCCGCCUCACCAAUGAGAACACGCGCGAGCAGCUCAGGCAGCUGAGCCGUGGGCCCGGGGGGGCCCGGUCCCUGUGCUUCCAGGUCAUAGAGGUCCAGCUAGCAGGGGAUUCUGAAGGAGGCCCCGUGACAGCAGGAUCGUCAGCGGGGGAUGUUGGCACGGAGGCAGCCGUCGCGGAGGGAGAUGAUGAUCCACCAUCGGCCUCAGAGCCGGUAGGCGGGCACAGUGCGGCCGCCGUUGCCCACGCGCCAGCUCCCGUGGCGCGACCUUUGCUUGACCUUGGCGCAGUCGGUGGCAUAGCCCGCAUGAGCGGCGUGGUUAUCGGUGCCAGUUUGGCUUGGUGGAAACAGAAUCGCGAACGAGAUCGAAUGGCAGUUGUGAUUCUGAGCCAACGCCAAGAGAUCAGGGCGAAGGAGGAGGCAAUUCGGAGCCUAGGCAGCAAGCUCGAGGCGAAGGAGGCUGCGAUCAGCAAGCUUGAGAAGCGCCUUGAUGCCAUGGCGGGAAAGGCAAGGGAGCAGGAGGAUAUCAUCAAGACUUUGGUGGCGCAGCAGAACAUGAACAAAACCGUCGACCGCAUCAAGGAAUAUAAUGCUGCAGACUUGCUCUUCGUGGUGGACUGCACAGGCAGCAUGGGCCCCUACAUCGAAGGUGUUAAGACGCAUAUUCGCUCAAUUGCGAGGAAGCUCGUUGAGAGAUACCCACACUUGGACCUGCGCUUAGGUUUUCUGGGGUACCGCGACUUGCAUGACAAAUCAACUCAGUUCGAGAUGCACGAUUUCUCAGGCGAUGUUGACAAGUUCGUGGGUUUCGUUGGUAAUGUCAAGGCUAUCGUCAACGCGGACAAGGCAGAGGACGUUGCAGGAGCACUAAAGAAUGCAGCCGGUUGGCAUUGGAAGCACAAUGUCCGCGUGCUCUUCCACAUGGCUGAUGACCCUUGCCACGGCUCGAAAUACCGCAGUGAGGAGUUUCGCGGCAACCAGAGGUACGACCUGUACCCCGAGGGCACACCUGAAGUAGACAUAGUAGAGCAGCUCAGAUUGUUGAUGGAGGUGCAAGCUGUUGACUAUUACUUUGGGAGGAUCACAAGCAGUACUGACAAGAUGAUUCAUGAGUUGAACAAAGAGCUGGGGACACCAUACAUCAAAAUGAUUUCGAUUGAGGCACCUUGGAAGAUUGAAGACGCUGUUGUCCAGUCAGUGCAACGCUCUAUCGAUACAAUUCGACAUGACCUUGCUGCGCAAGACGUCGACUUCGACAUGGCUUCUUGGUCUGAGACAGACUGA